AUGAAUUCCUACAGGAAACACCUCUACAAUGUGCACAUAAACAAGGCAUCGAGAGACACCGUCCCAGAUGUGAACCUAGAGAGCGAUACCAGCGACUACACUCUACGCGACGAAAUCCUGGACCGUCCCGAUAUGGGCAGUGAGGGGGAGUGGACACAUGAAGGGCCGUCGUAUGAAUUCUUUGAUCUCGUUGAGGAUGCUACGAGAAACGUGUGUCGGCUCUUUUUCCGCCUGACACAAGAGCAUAAAGUUCCCGAGUCGGCCUGUGAAACUGCGUUUAGGGACUUGGAAUGUCUGAUGAGUUCCCUCUGGGAGCAGUUUACAAACACAGUAGGCUGCAAAAUCGGUGACGAACUUCUGUCUACACAUGAUGACCUAAGACAGCUCCUAAAGUGUGACUUCAUGAAGCAACUUUUUGCUCCAGUUCGCACAGCCUACCAGCGAGAACAGUUCGCAAAGAGACACCUCCGUUACGUGGAACCCGUUCAGUGUCACUACGCUGCCGACAGGAACGAGUCGUUUCAGUACGUUCCUGUUGCAAGUGUCAUCAUAAAUGUUCUGGAGAGCCCAACGAUUGCUGACUCGCUUUUGAAUCCCCAGCCCCAGUGCGAUCCACAAAUCAUUAGCAGUUUCCGUGAUGGCACACUACAGCAACGACGCCAAGACACAAGGGAUCCAUCCACCACAUACAUCAUUUUGUACUCAGAUGAGCUUGAAGUAGUGAACCCCAUUGGUCCCAAACGGGGUGUGCACAAACUACUAGUGGUAUAUUUUACCUUCUUGGAACUCCAUCCAAGAUUUCGGUCCCAGGUAAAGCAUAUACAUUUUGCCAUAGUCGCAAAGUACCCAGACACGAAGUGUCAUCUUGACGUGGUUCUAGCACCACUGGUUAGCGACCUGAAUGUGCUUGCAACUGACGGAAUGGAUAUUACUUAA